CGCGAUUCCCUGCUUCUUCAAUUCACUUCAAAACACUAUGCUCAAUUGUUUUGACCCCUGCAAUAGUCCGUCAAUACAGCUAGGUCAUGAACUUGUUGGAACUUCUCACCCUGGCAUUCGUGAGCUGUAGGGUAAUCGAGGCUAAGCCAGUGGCCAUCGAUGUCAAUUCGAAUGUUAAAUACCUAGGAGCCGAGCGGAAUGGAAUAGAAGUCUUCUUGAACAUCCAAUACGGUCAGGACACAAGCGGUGUUAAUCGAUUCAAACCGCCCAGGCCAUUCAUCCCUAAACCAGGCACUACCUACGACGCUACGAAAUACGGACCUGCGUGCCCGCAAACGUUUGGCCAAUGGCUCCCGCCACUUACAUUGGGAAACAUCACGAGUACUUCUGAGGAUUGUCUAAAUCUUAACGUUGCCCGACCCAAGGGCUGUCACGCAAGCUCAAGGUUGCCGGUGAUGAUUUGGAUUCAUGGAGGUAGCUUCUGGACCGGCGCGAAUAAUGAGCCUACAACUAUGCCCGACGGACUAGUCAUCGAGUCUAUCAAGAACGGUCUUCCCGUCAUUCACGUCGCAAUGAAUUAUCGCCUCGGAUUUUUUGGAUUUGCACAGUCAGACGCUCUUAGGGAUGAAAAGAGUGAGAAUGCAGGGCUUCGAGAUCAACGACUUGCAAUUGAAUGGGUCCGCGAUAAUAUUGCGCCCUUCGGGGGCGACCGGAACCGCAUCACUAUUUUUGGUCAAUCGUCAGGUGGUCUCGCUGUUGGCGCGCAGCUCUUAGCUUAUGGUGGCACAAAACCGCUGCCUUUCCAGCAAGGAAUCUGCGAGAGCCAGGCUUUGGAGCCAGGAAUUACGGGUAGCUUCACGAUUGACGCUAUGAUGAGACUCGUAGAUUCUGUUGGAUGCAACAAGACUUCAGUGCAUUCCCCUGAAACAAUUGCUUGUCUACGAUCCUUCGACACCGAGAAAUUGUUCAACGCUUCAGCAACAACUUAUUUCGCAGACAUUGGUCACAACAUAGGAGAUAUUUGGCUCCCCACUGUCGACGAUGACUUCCUACCUGCACCACCCAGCCAACUUGCGAAAGAAGGACGGUUUGGCGAUGCGACGUACAUGAUUGGGUGGGCGCAGGGAGAUGUGAAUUUCUUCACGGAUUUUACUAUCGCUACCGCUAACGACACAUACAACUUCGUCCAAGGCUACUUGCCCAAGAUGCCCAGUGAGCAUGUAAACCACCUCCUCUCACUUUAUCCCGUGUCCGAAUUCACCCCGCCAUCAACUACGACCCUCACGGCAGAAUUUUAUCGCUCAGCCAGGAUAUUCAGAGACAUCAUAAUGACAUGCCAGCCCAUUUACCUGGCAGAAAACAUCAACGCCAAAGGCAACUCCGUGUAUCUCUACGACUUCAACCAAACAAUCCUGGAACCGAUCAUCGACAAACUCUUCAACGUGAGCGACAUUGGCGUGGUACAUACCUCUGAAUUCGCAUACAUAUACGGCAACCUUUCUCACUACAAUGACUCAAGAUACCCUUUUAAUCCAAAGCCUUCGGAUUAUGCACUUGUUUCGAGAGCUUCCAGAACUUGGAGUACGUUUGCGAGUUUAGGUAGGCCGAGUUUGCCUGGGAAGGAUACGGUGCAAGGGUUUGAGGAGGCGUUUUCGGUGGAGAACAAUACAGCAAUUUAUGUUAUUGGGGGACCGAAUGAAGGGCUGUCGACGUUUGACGGGCCGGGGAGUCACCGGGAGGUUGAGAGGCAGAGACUGAGGGAGAGGUGUUCAUAUAUUAAUAGUCCGGAAGUUAUUGGGUAUCUGCAGUAUUGAGAUAUUAUGCAGGCGAUUUUGGGGGAACUUCAGCGUGCCCAAUAGGCCGUACGUACACACAGCGAUGUUCUGUCGGUGCGUACGAUAGCUGUUGCCCCAAGCAUUGUCCGUAGUACAGUGUACAGUUAGCAUUUUAGGAUAGCUUAUAAGACUUAAUUUAGCG